AUGGCAGACACGUACGAAACCGCUAGCAUCGUCGACACACUGCGCCUGCUGCUCUUCGACUCAGACCAAAUCGACGACGUGCGCCAAAACAUCACGCCCUACCAGCCGAUCAAAUACAACCUCGACGCGAUAGAGUGGCUUUGGCGCAGUGCGGCUGCGGCCUUCCACGGCGCGGAAUACAUGCAGUUCCGCGUGCGCAUCGUGCAGAACGCCAUGCGGUCGUUCCGGGUCGAUGACGAUGCGUGGAACGGGGAAAUUGCGGCAAGGCUGGUGAGGCUGAUGGAUGGGGAGAUGUUGGAGCAGUACGAAAGAGGGAGGUACGCGCUGCUACCCGCGGUGUUCUACGACGGACGGAACUCUGUGGAGAGCGCGGUACUCGGGCGGGCUUUUAUCGAGACGUUGGAGGAAUUGGGCCUCGACGCAGAUGCUUGCAUUCAGACGGAGCUGCGCCGAAUGGAUGGCGGGGUACUCGAAUUUCCGGACCAUGCGUGUCUGCAAAGAGUGGUGAUUUUCGAACAGCCUUGGGGUGGCGUAAGGUGGGAAUGGGUGCUGAACUCUCGGGCACCGGGGUACUGCGUCAGCACUGCGUUUGUUACAUUGGCAACGGAUUCGGCCUUCGAGCAAAGUUGGCCAUUCACGGAGAUUGGAGUUCUCGAUGAAGAUGGCAAGAAUAACGAAAAGCGGAUGUAUCGUUGGACUCGUCGCGCAAAAGCUAGAGCGCGGAAAGAGCGGGGUCGCACGGGUCAACAACGCUGUCGAAGUAGAAUGCCGGGAGCUUGGGUAUAUUGA